UCUUGAUGUUGAUGCAUGGCGGAACAAGCGUGACUGUAGACUAGAGUAACCGUGUUCAGUUUUAUUGAGUUAAAGCUGGCCAUUUACAUUUUAAACAAGAACAUUUAAACGUGCUUCGAAGCUGUUCAGCUCCCUGUAUAUAUUGACACGGAGUUUGUUCAGAAAAUACCAUCGUUGUGUCUGUUUGUCAGUCUGCUAGUGAGCUCUCUGAGCAGUCUGGAGAUGUGCUCUCAGACGAAAGCUGCAGCCCUGAUGGCUAACAUUGCGCGGGCAGACAUCGACCCCUCCGGAGUGUUUAAGUACGUCCUGAUAAGAGUUCACAGCAGAGAGGUGGGGGACGACUCGGAGAUAGAUAUAGUCCGAGGAUACGGAUGGGCUGAGUUCCAUGCUGAUAUCUAUGAUAAAGUUUCUGAGGAGCUGGAGAAGGGUGGCCACCUGGACUGUGAGUGUGUCGGAGGAGGGAGGAUCCAACAUGACCCCCAGGACAAGAAGAUCCACGUCUAUGGAUACUCAAUAGGAUUUGGAAGAGCGAACCAUGCAGUAACCACUGAGCAACUGAAGGCUCAGUAUCCGGACUAUGAGGUGACCUGGGACAAUGAAGGAUACUGAACUGAACUCAGAUCAGCGUCUGUUGGACGCCCUUUCUCCUGGACAGUACGGCACUCAUCUGUAACCCCUGGAGCUUUUUGAUAACCCAAGACUAAGACUGACGUACAGCUACAAGUCAAGCCGGGUUUGGACUUAUCUUAAGUAACAAUAUGUCUUUUAAAAAAAGAAAUCAUGAUCGUAAUUAUAAUCAGUACAGUGGAACAUCAUCUGGAAAUCAUAAAAUAAAUAACACUCAUUGACUUGUUUUAGAGUCACAUUGGAACUAAUUGCUAAGAUAUGUUGUGAUACUUCAUAAAUGUUUUAUGAAAUGAACUUUAAAGUCUUGUGCAUACUUCGUCCCCUCUGUUGCAGACUUGUAUUCCUCUGGUCCACUGACAGGAAUGUGAACUGCUGAUGAAUGGUAUGCAUUCAUUUGAGUUUUUGGGUGUUUUACAGCUAACAUAACAAGAUGGAAAUACAACAUUGUACUAUUGUGUAGGAAAAAUGUAUAUAAGGAACGGGUAUGUCAAUUUUGAAAAAUAAAUCUCAGAAUUAGUCAGAUUUAAAUUGGUACAUUUACAAGACAACACCUUCGAUAUUGUCAUAAUAAAACAAAAAAACUGAAUGCUAAAAGUUCAUUUUAAGCUAGCAUCAGCACAAAGACUGGAAGCAGGAAGAACCGUCCCAUCAAAAGUGAAACAUAUGCCGUCAAGCAACCUAAUAAAUAAAAAUAUUUGCUGGUUUCUGGUUUCAGCAAUGAUGCAUUCAUGGUAACAGGGCUUCAUUCUUCAACACCACUGGAGGGGACUUUUUAGAUGCUGCGCACUCAUUUUGCAAGAGCUGUU